AAAUGGUCAUGAAAUAACGGUAGGAAUUAUAUUAGCCCGUCUUUCUUUCUUUCUUUCGGCACCGAUUUAGCAUAAAAUGCAGAGUAAUAUUAAUAAAGCAUAACAUAUAUAAACACACAGUCCACAUUUGUACUCUCUGACGCGCGGAAGCGAGGGAGAUAAACGGAGAGGCGAGGUAGAAGUUGAUGAAAGUUUAUAGGUGUCUUUUCUUGUUCUUGUAUUUGUUCAUUCACUGAUCAGUGCAAGUUUCUCACGUUAUUCAAAAUGACAAGUAAUAAAUGGAAAGGUAAGUCACCAGCUCCGAUACUGUCGUUUACUCGUUUUCGAUUGGUGUCUAGGAAUAAGAUGUGCAAAAGACAGACAGGCUGUCCGUGUCACUGUGCGUAGUCUUCGUUGGACCAAGACGAUCCCGUGUCCCUGUCAGCACCACUGCACCAGAGGCGACUCAAUUCACACUUGCAUCGCAACUAAUAAGGGCCAAAUAAAAAAGGACGAGCAUAGGUUAUUUGAGAUUUAAAACAAAGGAAAAGGUGCUGACUUGGGAGGUGAACGACCCUGGAAUCAAGUGUCUCUCCCCCCUUCCUAAUCUUGCGCUCGCAUCUCAGAUCAUCGUCGCUAUAUAUAAACCAGGAUUGUAGAUCCUCUUUCAACCCUGAAGCAUGAAGUCCCAGAGCAGGCUCACGACAUUGAUAUUAGGCCUGAUCAUCAUCUCGGCACAUUCAAUGUUGAGCAGAGCCCAGGAAGUUGAGGAUGAGAGAGAGUUCGACUACAUGAAGGGGAGCGAGAAGGGACCCCAGCACUGGGGGGACCUGAAAAAGGAAUGGGCUGCUUGCAAGCACGGAGAAUCGCAAUCUCCUAUUGAUUUGUCGGCUCGCAGAGUGAGAGUGAUCCCCGGAUUAGGGCUCAUCAACACUUACAAGCCUCACAAUGCUACGCUCAAGAACAGAGGCCAUGAUAUUCAGGUGAAAUGGGAAGGAGAUGCAGGCUCCAUAUGCAUCAAUGGCUCUGAUUUCUUUCUGCAACAAGCCCACUGGCACUCACCUUCCGAGCAUACCAUCAACGGCAGGAGGUAUGACCUGGAGCUUCACAUGGUUCAUCAUACCAACUCAACCCCAGAAGAGGUUGUGGUUGUUGGACUUCUGUACAAGAUUGGUCGCCCCGAUCCGUUCCUGUCCAAGUUGGAAAAAUACAUAAGGGAAAUGGUGGAUGAGAUAGAGGAAGAGGAGAUAGGAGAGAUUCACCCUUCCGAAAUAAGGCUGAAAGGCAGAAGCUACUACAGAUAUAUGGGCUCUCUCACUGUUCCUCCCUGCACUGAAGGUGUCGUUUGGAUCAUCAACCAUAAGAUAAGAACAAUUUCGAGGGAGCAAGUGAAGUUGCUGAGAGAGGCAGUGCACGAUCACGCAGAGCGCAAUGCCAGGCCUUUGCAGCCUCAAAAUGAACGAGAAAUAGUGUUUCAUGUGCCAACGAAGAAACCUCGCUGUUGAUUUCCCAUUCUAUGAUUACAUGAAUAAGUAUCAAUUCAUAUCAUUAGCUAUCUUGUUGGUGAUGGCUACUUUGACAAUGGCUGAUGAUGCCAUUCGUUUUUUUUUUUAAUUUUAAUAUUGAUGUACAAAGGGGUUAGUUUGUGUCAGGACUCUCCUCUUUCGUAAAUUCUUACAGUAGCUGAAUAAACAUGGACUAUGCCAGUUUAAUUG